UAGACUUAAUGAAUAAGAUGCUAAAAAAAAUGAUCAAAAAAUUCCACCGGGAACCGCCCAAAUGGCGUCGGCCGGACAGAACCUCCUAUAUAAGGCUGGACAGAAUUCAGCUUAAAUUGAGUUGUGCCUGAUAAAAAAAGAGUUGAGUUCAAACUCUAAUCGAAUUUCAAAAGAGUCGAAAAUAUAUAUAACUUCACUAGAGUUUGAGUUUGGAAAAAAUGGCUCUAAUAUUACUAGAGACCUUUUGAUUUCCUAAUAUAAGACCUUAUUGUUUAUAUCCCAAAAUACUACCUUAUUUAAUUAAAACGGUCAUUUUUACCCGGUCAGUCGAUGACCCACGCCUAAAUUAUAGUUUCAAUUCUCCCUCCUCAUUAACGUCUUUCCCAGUGAACUACACUCCUACUUGGUAACUGCAUCUCUCUUUAUUUUAGAUUUUUUUUCCAUUUCUGUUGCAUCAUUCCACUCUCCACCCGCAGCCGGUUGUCUCUCGUGAAUGAAAUGUCACCGCCUUCUACCUCUCGUCGCCGUUCCGGUGUUGAAGCCUCAUGCAAUUAGGUUCAUACUUAUUUUGCUUGCAGCUAACAUUGACAGUGACUUUGUCUCCACCCCUCCUACCUCUUCAUCUAAUGUUCCACUUAAUAGAGCUGUCAAGAAACAGAUUGUCAAUAAGGACACUACCAGGAGAGUUAACACCUUUUCUAGAUUGUAUGAGGUCAUAAAUCUUGUUCGAUCAAAACUACUCCCUAAGCAAUUAGAACUUUUUAGUACUACAGUUUUUGGGAAGUUCUUAGAUGCCAAGGAAAUGCAAUGUUCCGGUCAGCUAUUGCAUUUUCUUAUUGGAAACCUCGUUAAACAUGGAAGCGAUGAUACUGUGGUAGGCGGCGUUUUGUACUUUGAUAUUGAGGACAGGUUGGUAUCAUUCACCAUUUCUGACUUGGGUCAUAUUCUGGGGUUGAAUGUGUCCGAUAAGGUCCCUUCUUAUCAGAAUCUAGUCACUGAUAGGGGUCGUGUUUGGCAGAAGUACUUUCCUUCUUGUGCAACUAGAGUCAAACGUAAAGAUAUUAAAAAAGUGUUCAAAGCUAUCGAGAGGGGCAAGGAAGACGAUAAUGAUAUUGUUAGCUUGUCCCUGUUAUAUGUUUUAUCCCAUUCAUUUUUAGCCGCGGAAGAAAAGGUUGCUGUCAACAGUAUACACAUUAACCUUGUAGAUGACAUUGACAAGUUUAAUGCUUAUCCAUGGGGACGCGUGAUUUGGGAGAACAUGGUAGCCAAAGGCUACUGUCAAGAAGAAGGAAUAGAUUUUGAUAAAACUUUUGCUCCUGUUGCCAGACUUGAAGCAAUAAGAAUAUUCCUUGCUUAUGCUGCCUAUAAGCAAUUCACAGUCUAUCAAAUGGAUGUGAAAAGUGCCUUCCUAAAUGGUCUACUAGAAGAGGAGGUCUAUGUGGAGCAACCUCCUGGAUUUGAAAUCAACAGAGAGAAAGAUCAAGUAUUCAAACUAAAGAAGGCUCUCUAUGGACUCAAACAAGCUCCAAGAGCAUGGUAUGACACUCUCUCUCAAUACUUAGUGAACAACGGUUUCACUAAAGGCAAAGUAGAUAAAACUCUGUUCAAAAGUGAAGAAGGUCCACACAUACUGUUUGUCCAAAUUUAUGUGGAUGACAUAAUCUUUGGAAGCUCAAAGCAGGCAUUAUGUAAGAAAUUUUCAACUCUCAUGCAAAACAAGUUUGAAAUGAGCAUGAUGGGAGAGUUGAACUAUUUCCUAGGACUACAAGUGAAGCAGACUCCACAAGGUAUCUUCAUCAACCAAGCAAAAUACACAAGAGAUCUCAUGAAGAAAUUCAAAAUUGAGAACAAGUCUAUUGUAAAGAUCCCCAUGAACACCUCUCAAGGACUGACUCCAGAUGAAGAUGGCAAAGCCACUGAUCCUACACUCUAUAGAGGUCUGAUUGGCUCUCUGUGAUACUUUUGUAAUUUCCGUGUGUUUAUUUACGUUUUUAGUUAGUUUUGGUUGUUUAGUAUUUCGGAAAUUACACACUUUCGGUGUAAUAGUUUAGUUUGUUAAAUUCUUGUAAAUUGUUUAGAUUAGGUUUAUUCUGAGCUUAAACAGGUCCAAGAUCAAUCAAAUGAUCAUUGGUGAAGGAAGGUGCAAAAGUACAAGACAAAAAGAAGGAAAGUUCCUGAUUUUGACCUGUACUCGGUCGAGUACACCUUAUACUCGAUCGAGUACCAAUACUGAUUUUCAAGGAUUUGAUCCGGGAACAAAGGAACAUGCAGGAGAAGAUUUUCCCACGAUCAAGUGUCUAUACCCGAUCGGGUACACCGACAUACUCGAUCGGGUAUAGCUAUAAAUUAUACCCGAAUAUCGAUCGAGUAUGGAUCGAAUUCGAAGUUUUACACAUACUCGAUCGAGUAUAUGUACAUACUCGAUCGAGUACUCGACCUGCACCUCAAAAAGCCUAUAAAUACACCUCCUUUCCUUCACUUUUAGAUUACCAAUUCCUAUAUACUCUUAAGCUCAGUUUAGAAUAGAAUUUCUCUAUAUUUCUUUUAGCAUGUUUAGUCUCCAAAUGAGGAGCUAAACUUCCAUAUCUUGGUUUGCUACUUUGAAGCUUAAUGAAUUUGUAAGUUG